AGCUGCUUUUUUCAUUGAGAUAUGUUGAUUUUAAAGCUUUUUCCACUUCUGGGGUUCUCAUUUUCUUGAAAUUUUGAAAUACCCAUUUAAGGAUCUUCAACUUUUGGAGUUAUCUUAGGUCUAGUUUUACUCUACAUUGUCCUUAAAAUUGGGAUGUAAAGAUUCUUUUUUUUUUCCUCGAGAAAAUCUCUCUUGCAUGUGCACUUAGAUAUGGUCUCUUAUAAUUUUCUUAUUGCCUAAAUUGCUCUUUUUUGCUUAGAAAAAUUGAGAUAUAUAUGUGUGUGUAUGUGGACUCAUGGUUUCUUUGCAGCGCGUAUUUUGUCAAAGACAUGGAAGCAUUUGCUGUUUCAAGAAAGUGCUGCAGACAGUAUUCUUCAAACUGAUGUGGUUUGGAUGUCUUUUCUGAGGUUCAAUCUUCCAUUCUCCUUCAAUCAUUUGCCUAACUUUUGUUUAUCUCUUGCCUAAUCUUGGUGCAACCUUGAAUCAAUUGGUAGCUUGAGAGUUUUCCCGUUGACAAUAAUAUUUCAAUUCCUUUUCAAAAGAACAGUUUCUUGUUCAUUGUAAUCCCGUGGAAUGACUGAACAUAUUUUCUGUUGAUAUGCAGAAGCUGGAACCAGCUUUCUGCCUUUUCAUCUGCUUCCCCAAGUAGUAACAGAUAUGGAUAGAGGAGACAGAAAAAUAGCCUCUUAUUCUAAUUUGCUUCUUUCUGUCUCUAUCGGGUUCUUCCUUUUUUCAGUAGACAGUUCACAAAUUCCUUUGGGUUCCAGACUAACAGUAGAAGAGAACAAUUAUUGGUUCUCAUCCAAUAGGGACUAUGCAAUUGGAUUCUUGAACUUCUCCGACCAGUAUAGCUUUGGUGUCCGUUUCAAUGCAAUUUAUAUACCUAGCAGUGAGCAAACAGCCAUUUGGACUGCAGGGUGGAAUGUUAAAGUUAGUAGCAAAGCAUAUUUUGAGCUUUCCCUAUCUGGGGAAAUGAUAUUGUUUGAUCCAGCAAAGGGAAAAACUGUUUGGCAAAGCAAAACUGGCAACACAUCUGUUGAAUCAGCUGUUCUUCUCGAUGAUGGCAACUUUGCCCUGUUAAAUAGGAAUAAGAGUGUUGUUUGGCAGAGUUUUGAAAGUCCAUCUGACACAAUGCUGUCUGGCCAGAGUUUAUCUGUUGGCCAGUCUCUUCGAGCUUCUAGCAGGGGUUCUUUAACAAGUUAUUACAGUCUUCAUAUGAAUGUUUCUGGUGAGAUGCAGCUUAGGUGGGAGACUAGUAUCAUUUACUGGACUGUUGGGGGUUCUCAAUCUGCUGUCCGAGCCAUUCUUGGCUCUGACGGAAUCCUCCAACUACUUGAUCAGAGAUCGCAAGCUGUUUGGUCUGUCUAUGGUGAAGACCAUAAUGAUUCUGAUGUGAAGUUUCGGUUCCUGAGAUUAGAUUCUGAUGGUAAUCUUCGGAUAUACUCAUGGGAAAAUAAUGCAACGUCAUGGAGAACAGUUUGGCAAGCUAUAAUUAAUCAGUGUGAUGUCUUUGCAACCUGUUCUACCAAUGGUAUUUGCACCAUGAAUGUAUCUGACUCUUAUGUUUGUUGGUGUCCAUUUGGAUCUACAAGAGACUCAAACUCUGAAUGUCUAAUUCCAUACAAACCAAGUUGUGAAUCUGGUUCAUCCUUGUUUCAACAUGAUCAUAUGUACUUGUACGGGAUAUACCCACCGAACAAAACAGUUGUGCAAACCAGUUUUCAGCAGUGCAAAAGUCUGUGUCAGAAAGAUCCAUCCUGCCAUGCCGCAUCCUUUGUCAACAAUGGCACUGCACAAUGCUACAUGAUGAACUCCCAGUAUGUUGGUGGUCAAUCAGAUCCUUCUUUGGGUUCCGUUACUUUUUUCAAGGCUUGUUCAGACCCAAUUGCUGUUUUACCUGCGCCUGUACCUGCUCUGAGAAAGGUGUCACAGAAAAUCUGUGUUUCUUGUCUGUUAGAAGUUUCUGCUGCAUCAAUUGUUGUGUUUGUCAUGCUUCAAUUUGGGAUUGGAGUUUACCUUUUCAGAAGAAGGAAACAUAUGAUGCAGAAAUCUGCUUCACCCCAUAGAGUGCCUAAUGCUACUGGCUGCAUCAUGUUUUCUUACUCUGAAAUCAAAGACCUGACUGACAAUUUUAAGCAACAAAUUGGGCAGAAUGUGUUCAAAGGUGUACUUCCAGACAAUAGGCUUGUUGCAGUUAAAGAUCUCAAUGCCUCUAUUGAUGAAAGGAGGUUCCGGACUGCAGUCCUAAAAAUAGGAAGCAUAUACCACAAAAAUCUUUUGAGGCUAGACGGUUAUUGCUGUGAGUCUGGCCGUAGGAUAUUGGUUUAUGAGCUUGCCAAACAUGGUUCUGUUGACAAAUGUUUAGAAGAACCUAGAAUGUGCAAGAGAUUGACGUGGAGAAAGAGAAUAGAUAUAUGUUUGUCAGUGGCAAGGGCCAUAUCUUACUUGCAUACAGGAUGUAGGGAGUUUGUUAGUCAUGGAAAUCUUAAAUGUGAAAAUGUGGUCUUAGAUGAUGAAUUAGAGGCCAAAAUUAGUGAAUUUGGGCUGAGGACUAUUCAAGAUGAGGCGUCCAGUAACGGGGGGCUAGCAGAGACAGAUGUAAGCGAUUUUGGCAAGAUGAUGGUGGUAUUAAUCACCGGAUGCCAAAAUGCGGAUGAAGCUUGUUUUUGGUCAUAUGAAAAAUGGGUGAAUGCUGAAAGGGAAAUGGCCAUGGAUCAGCGAAUUGUGGGUGGUGUCGAUUCUGAAGAGUUAGAACGAGCAUUAAGAAUUGCAUUUUGGUGCUUACAAGGUGAUGAACGUAUGAGGCCAUCAAUGGGAGAGGUAGUCAAGGUACUGGAAGGAACUCUGACCGUCGAUUCUCCACCACCUCCUUUUGCUCAUAAUCAACAGUGGCCACCUGAAGACGAAUCACCAUCUGAAUCAUAUUCAGAACUGUAAAAGUUCUAAUUCGUAUAUUUCAUUUCCAUUAAGUCAUCAGUUUCUGUACAGAACUUACUACCAGGCACCUACGACUUGGCACGAUGUAGAAUGCCUAGUUUUUCCAGUAUGGCAUGCUUAAUCUGAAAUUCAAGAUGAGCAUCCCCACACUGCCUCUUUUGAAACUGGAACCUUGGUAUGUAACCCUCCAAGUGCAAUUUUGUGUUAGAAAAUCCUGAUUAUGAAAUCCAAGUUUCUGUUUAAAGUUUUGA